AUGACCGCCGGAGGCCGCGGUCACGCCGCCAUCCUCGUGGGGCGCAGCCCGGGACUCGCGACGCGGCUCGGGCACUUAGCGGUGCGCCGCGUGGGCGGCCGGAUCGAUGAGCACCGCGCGCCUGCGCCCCCGAAAGCCGCCGGCUCAGCACCGAGCGCCCCCGAGCCGCCCCGAGCGGCGGACGGCACUAUGAUGCUGUUGCGUAUGAACAUGCGCACGGCACUUGCGGUGCUGUGCAUCAGUGUUAUACUGUUGAUGCUCCUCUGGAACCGCUGUGGAGAGUUCUCGCAUAGACCAAUAAGCUCGGCGCUGUCGAACGCGCUAUCAGAGCACGGCGGCGAGCAGAUCGAAUGCCUUAUCAAUGGCGAGUACUCCGUCGCCUGCCGCCGCGAACGCGACCAGGUCUACCUGCCCUUCUCCUUCAUACAGAAGUACUUUGAAGUAUACGGCAAAAUGACCAACACGGACGGCGUGGAGCGUUUCGAGUGGUCGCACAGCUACAGCAAGGUGUACCACCCGAAGAGGAGGUACGACCCGCGCGGCACGUUCGCCACAUUCGAGAACUACAACGUGGAGGUGAGGGAGCGGGUGAAGUGCAUCAGCGGGGUAGAGGGCGUGCCGGUGUCCACGCAGUGGGAGCCGCGCGGCUUCUUCUACCCCACGCAGAUUGCCCAGUUCGGGCUGGCGCACUACAGCAAGAACGUCACCGAGCCGGAGCCGAGGGUGAGGGUGAUCGAGGACGGCGAGAGGCACUCGGAGGGCUGGAUCGUGAGCCAGGACGCGACUCUUACGAGGGAGCUCGACCAGGAGCUGAAGGCGAGGGUGCUAAGGUUCAGCACGGCGGACCACGCGUCCAGCCAGGUCUGGCUGAAGGUCAACAUCAGCCAGGACUUCGUGCUGAGCUUCGACGCGCGUCUGAAGCCCAACUCCUCUGUGACGGCCGUGCUGCAGAACAAGGAUAAGAAGGAGACUGUCUACCUGCACUACGUGGCUAGCAACCAGUUGAUUUAUGCUCAGGAUGACCACAUCUACCACGGCAUCGGAACCGAGUUAAAGUGGCGUCGCGUUACCAGAGACCUGAUCAUAGACAUGCAGAAGGGCUGGGCCCUUCAGGACCGGCCCAAGAGGAAAUCGCCAAGGAACAAGUUUAAGAUAUCAAGCCUGAUCCUGAGCGGGUCUGGUGCGGUGGGCGGCAUCCGGGUGUCCUCCAGCGAGCACAUGGCCCACUUCUUCGCCGCGGCCAAUUGGCUCGUGCGUAGACAGCGGGCUCGCGGCGGCUGGCCGGUGGCGGCGCGCAGGCACGUGGCGCCUGGAGCCAGCGACCUCCGCCCCGGCUGGCACUCCGCGAUGAGCCAGGGCCACGCGAUCUCGGUGCUGGCGCGCGCCUACUCGCGCAGCGGCAAAGAGGCGUACCUGCGCGCCGCGCAGCGCGCCCUGCUGCUGCUCGACGUGCCGAGCCGCGCCGGCGGCGUCAAGGCCACCUGGAUGGACCGCUACGUGUGGUACGAAGAGUACCCCACCACGCCGCCGCUGUUCGUGCUCAACGGCUUCAUCUACACGCUGCUCGGCCUGUACGACCUGCACGUGAUAGAGGGUGAGAACUCCAUAUCCUUAGCCAAGAAGAUGUUCGACGACGGCAUGGCCUCGCUGAAAACCCUGCUGCCGCUCUUCGACACCGGCAGCGGCAGCUUCUACGACCUCCGCCACUUCACGCUGGGCGUCAGCCCCAACGUGGCCCGGUGGGACUACCACGCCACCCACGUCAACCAGCUCUACCUGCUGGCCGGGCUCGAUCCGGACCCGAUAUUGCUGAACACCGCCAAGAGAUGGGAGGGCUACAUGCAAGGCAGGAGGGCGGCCCACAAC